CUCACCGGGUUCCCGCGUACAAGCCUUGAACACAUGCACCACGUACGGGCCGCUUCCCAUAUGCUUUACACAUCUGUCAUGCACAUCUGUCACACAGGAAAGGCUCUCUUCCACCUGUCCUGCACAUCUGCCCAGCACCUGCCCUGCCAGUGCACCUCACAAUACACCUGCCCUGCUUCUGUCCAUGCAACCUCACACCUGCCCCUGCACAUCACACCUGCUCUAUAUACAUGCUCUGCACCUGCCUAUGCACUUCACACCUGCCCAAGCACCUCAUAAUGCCCUGACACCUACUUUGCACCUGCCCAUGCACUUCAUAAUGCCUUGCACACUUGCUCUGCCCCUGCCUUGCAUCUCACAGUGCCCUGCAUAUGCAUCUUGCACACACAUCUCACAAUGCCCUGCAUACACAUCUUGCACACUUCACUAGCUUGGCUCAGCACUGUAUACAUAUUUGCUCCAUUGUGUGAGUGUGCCUCUCUGCUCUUUUUGUUUUGUUUUUACCCUUUUGGAACUUUCUCAAUACCUACUACCUGCCUUGUCCUCUCUUGCUUCCUGGGAGCUGAUAGUGCAGAAGUGACCACAGUGACUGUGGCAAACGUGGGGUCCUCUGCAGAUAACGUCUUCACGACAUCAGUGGCAAAUGCAGCAUCGAUAUCAGGACAUGUCCUGUCUGGUAGGACAGCCCUGCAGAUCGGGGACAGCCUGAACACUGAGAAAGCCACGCUAAUAGUUGUCCACACAGAUGGGAGCAUUGUGGAGACCACUGGGCUGAAGGGUCCAGCAGCACCUCUCACCCCAGGUCCUCAGUCCCCUCCUACCCCGCUGGCGCCUGGCCAGGAGAAAGGUGACACCAAGUACAACUGGGACCCCUCCGUGUAUGACAGUGAGCUGCCCGUGCGCUGCCGCAACAUCAGCGGCACCCUCUACAAGAGCAGGCUCGGCUCAGGUGGCCGGGGUCGGUGUAUCAAGCAGGGAGAGAACUGGUACAGCCCAACUGAGUUUGAGGCCAUGGCAGGAAGAGCCAGCAGCAAGGACUGGAAGAGAAGCAUCCGCUAUGCGGGCAGACCCCUGCAGUGCCUCAUCCAGGAUGGUAUUUUGAACCCCCACGCUGCCUCCUGUACCUGUGCUGCCUGUUGUGACGACAUGACUCUCAGUGGCCCAGUCAGGCUCUUCGUCCCUUACAAAAGGCGCAAGAAAGAGAAUGAGCUGCCCACAACUCCAGUUAAGAAGGAUUCUCCCAAGAACAUCACGCUGCUUCCUGCCACGGCGGCCACCACCUUCACUGUGACACCCUCAGGACAGAUCACUACCUCUGGAGCACUGACCUUUGACCGAGCAUCCACUGUAGAGGCUACUGCUGUCAUCUCUGAGAGCCCAGCCCAAGGUGAUGUCUUUGCAGGAGCGACAGUGCAAGAGGCAGGUGUGCAGCCCCCCUGCAGGGUUGGCCAUCCUGAACCCCACUAUCCUGGCUAUCAGGACAGCUGCCAGAUUGCCCCGUUUCCAGAAGCUGCAUUGCCAACAUCACAUCCCAAAAUCGUCCUGACGUCCCUGCCUGCCUUGGCUGUGCCACCUUCCACCCCCACCAAAGCUGUCUCUCCCACCGUGGUCAGUGGGCUGGAGAUGUCAGAACAGCGGAGCUGGCUGUACCUGGAAGAGAUGGUCAACUCCUUGCUCAGCACAGCCCAGCAGCUGAAGACGCUGUUUGAACAAGCCAAGCAGGCGAGCUCUUGCAGGGAGGCCGCUGUGACACAGGCGAGGAUGCAGGUUGACACCGAGCGGAAAGAGCAGUCAUGUGUCAACUGCGGCCGGGAGGCCAUGAGUGAGUGUACCGGAUGCCACAAGGUUAACUACUGCUCCACAUUCUGCCAGCGCAAGGACUGGAAAGACCAUCAGCACGUCUGUGGCCAGUCAACAUCUGUCACUGUCCAGGCUGAUGAAGUCCAUGUUGAAGAAAGUGUAAUAGAAAAAGUUGCUGUUUGAGCCCAGCCUAUCCCUGCUCUACUGCGAGGCCAGCACAGGCUUAGGCCCUCUGAUGACUGUGGGGGCUGCUGAGAAGUGAGGCCAUGGGAAACUUGCCAGACGAGUUACUAACAAACAGACUAUGCCCUUUGAAAGGAGCUCCUGCCAGAGACCAAGGAAUGCUGGUGGGUUUCAGACCUGGGCCCUCUGCCGCAGCCCAGGGCCUGACCUAUCGCGGUGCUCUUUUAUCCCUGGAUCACGAGUGUCCCAUUACCUGUGGGGGUGCCCUAUGCCACGUGUACAUAUCUGUUUUAUCUGUUAAUAAAGUUGUAAAUAAAGCCCCCAUCCCCCACCUGGA